GGCUUUUGAUGUUACUCCAGCUUUGCUCAGACAACUAUUUUUCCUGUUGUAUCUGUUUUUUAUUUAGGCAAAUUAUAUCAAUUUAAGGUGCUCGACUUCAACUCAACCGCGAAAACAUGGCUGGGAACUUCUGGCAGAGUUCUCAUUAUCUGCAAUGGGUCCUGGACAAGCAAGACCUCAUGAAAGAACGCCAGAAGGAUCUGAAGUUCCUCACAGAAGAGGAGUACUGGAAGCUGCAGAUUUUCUUCGCUAAUGUGAUCCAGGCUUUGGGGGAGCACCUGAAGCUGAGGCAGCAGGUCAUCGCCACUGCAACUGUCUACUUCAAACGCUUCUAUGCAAGGUAUUCUCUGAAAAGCAUCGACCCAGUACUCAUGGCUCCUACUUGUGUUUUCCUGGCUUCAAAAGUUGAGGAAUUUGGAGUUGUGUCUAAUACUAGGCUGAUCUCCGCUGCAACAUCUGUGUUGAAAACCAGGUUUUCCUACGCCUUUCCAAAGGAGUUCCCUUACAGAAUGAACCAUAUAUUAGAAUGCGAGUUCUACCUGUUGGAGUUAAUGGACUGCUGCCUGAUUGUGUACCACCCCUACAGACCGCUGCUGCAGUAUGUGCAGGACAUGGGACAGGAGGACAUGCUGCUGCCCCUGGCCUGGCGCAUAGUCAAUGACACAUACAGGACAGAUCUGUGCCUGCUCUACCCGCCCUUCAUGAUCGCCUUAGCCUGUCUGCAUGUCGCCUGCGUGGUGCAGCAGAAAGAUGCAAGGCAGUGGUUUGCAGAGCUCUCUGUGGAUAUGGACAAAAUUCUGGAGAUUAUCAGAGUCAUUCUGAAGCUUUAUGACCAGUGGAAAAACUUUGAUGACAGAAAGGAGAUCGCUGCUGUCCUUAACAAGAUGCCCAAACCCAAACCACCUCCCAACAGCGAGAGCGAUCAGAGCUCCAACGGGAACCAGAGCAACUCUUACAGCCAGUCUUAGCACAGCCUCUGCUCUGCCACGACAAUCUGUAUCGUUCGCUUUAGGAGGGGCCCAAAGUUUACCGUCACACAGCACCACACAGCACAACAUUUGCAGCGCCAGUUUGGGGGGGAGAAAAAGCAGAUUCUUCAUCCACGCCAACAGAGACAAACUCUCAGAGCAGAGAGUGCUCACGUUUCCUCUCUGCCAUUCGGGGUUGUUGGGAGCUCUGCAGGCUGACUGAGAGUGGUCGGACACUGGUGAGAGAGCAGACGUGGCGGCUCAUUCAGAACUUGUCUUUGGGAGAAUCCUGGUAUCCUUGAAGAACUCAGAGGAGCAAAGCACAUCGGCCGGACCUCUGUGGGAUUUGAGAAAACUUGAUCACAAGAAGUGUGUGUGUGGCCGUGUGUGUUUGUGGUUUCCGGGGCUCUGGUUGUCGUCUGUGUGAAAUGAGGCGAUUGUGUGCGGUGUGAGUGGAUGUGAGUGGGCAUCCCCGUAUCAGCGGGGAGGAGACGGGAGACGCCUGCCCUCUGGAGGCCCUGUGUCUCUUCAUUAAUGCACUUCAGCAGGAAGAAUCCCAAGAGGCCCCUGUUUAAGGUAGAAAGUAGCUCUUUGGAUAAAUGAAAUUUACUGCUUGAACUGCUUGAUCACUUCUUCCCUCCCACCAUUCUUCCUUUUGUAAAUAGAAAAAUGUAUUUUCUUUCAUGUUUUUUGCUAGAUCAGAGGAACAGAUUGAAAUCCCUGGGUUUGUUUUGUCUUUGAAUUCUGUAUGUAGAUGAAAGUGUCCCUUUUCAUUUCACUGUCACUAUUCCUUUGGCCCGUGAAAGGCUUUUGUGAAGUGUUCGCUUUUUAACCCAUCAAGGAAAUGGAAAUCAUGCUUUUUCUCCAUUUGCUUGUAAUUUCUUUUUCUCAUUCAAUCGCCUCCCCUCUGCUGUCCAUGAAAUCAUCCAGCUGUUUCAGUAUGCCUGCAUUUACCUAUUUGUUUCCUUGUUUUUCUGACGUGUGGCUAUAAUCCAAAACCAGGUGCCUGGAAGCCUUACAGAGUUAGUCUUAGUCAGAGUGUGCUUCAAUAAUAGCACACUGUGCCAUACAGGUCCAUUUUGUGUAUUUUAAGGGGUUGUAGGAUUUCUUGGUCACUUAUUUUUAUUUGAACUUUUUUUUUUUCCUACUGUAACAUCAUAAAUGGUACAAAGGCACCUUUUGUUAAAGGCGGCCCUUUUGUCCGAAAUAAACAUGACAUGACAGUGAAUCCUUUGACGCAAA